UCAUCAGCAAGCGUCGGAAGUGCGUCCAGCGUCAACACACGCGCGUGAGUCCCCCGAGCCGCCGCUCCUCGCGCAAACAAGCGGUCUGUGAGGUUCGCGUGCGACGACCCGCUCCUCUCAGCCGCGGCGCGUCGCGUCGACAAACGUUAUGCUUUCGCGUCUCUGCGCACUCGGAGCGCUGGGAGCGUGUAAAGAGCCCGUGCCGCAGAGAGCCGCCAGACUGAUGCAGACCCAGUCCUCCAGGAAGGCCAGGGCUGUCAGGGACACCCUGCGCCAUGUGAAGGCGAAGGAGGGCCGCAGGCAGGGCGAGCUGCACGGGCCCUCCACCGUCUAUGUGCAGGUGGUGGGCUCCGGGAGCAGAGACAACGGGGCCUCUCUUUAUGUCUUCUCCGAGUACAACAGGUAUCUGUUUAACUGCGGCGAAGGAACGCAGAGGCUGAUGCAGGAGCACAAGAUAAAAAUCGCAAGCUUGGACAACAUCUUCCUGACCAGGAUGAGCUGGGAGACGGUCGGCGGUUUGUCAGGCAUGAUCCUGACCCUCAAAGACACCGGGGUCCCUCAGUGCGUCUUCUCAGGACCCCCGCAGCUGGAGAAGUAUUUGCAAGGCAUUCGAGUGUUUUCGGGGCAGCUGGAAGGCAUUAAACUUGCUAUCAGACCGUAUACAGAACCUCAAUAUAAAGACGACACGAUGACCGUCAGCCAAGUCCCUCUCUUCUCAGCUGGGCGUAAGGAGGAGGAGGAGGACGCCGGCGGUUCUCCAGGCUCUGGACACGGCAGCAGUCCCAGCGGUGGCCAGAAGGGGGCGUUCAGGAGACAGGACCAGCACGGGGACGGUCAGGGACUCAACGCCAGCAGAAACUCAGCCGGUCCAGAAGACAAAGAAGCGUUUACUAGAGACUCGUCUUUCGUGGUGACCUACGUGUGCAAGUUGCUCUCGAAGAAAGGAAACUUCAUGGCUCUGAAAGCUAAAGAGAUGGGCCUGCCGGUAGGAACGGCGGCCAUCGGGCCCAUAAUCGAAGCUCUGAAAGCCGGAAGAACUGUGACGUAUGAAGGAAAAGAGAUCCGGCCCGAGGAGCUGUGCACCCCGGCCGAUCCCGGACCUGUUUUUCUAGUCGUGGACUGCCCGUCAGACGACUUCGUCCAGCCGCUCUGCACCAAUCGCGUCUUACAAAGGUAUCAGACGGGGGGAUCGGAGGAUUCGGCGGCUCUCGUGGUUCACAUGACUCCCGAGUCAGUGUUGGACACGGAGGAGUACAAGAGCUGGAUGGAGAGGUUCCCCAGCAGCACUCAGCAUCUGUUGAUGAAUGAGCAGACGUUCACGACACACAACACCCGCAGUCACAAACUCCAGACGCAGCUCGGCCUCAUCCAUCCUGACAUCUUCCCUCCGCUCAAACUCUACAAGACCAAAGAGCCGCCGGCUUCUCUCCUCGUUCCUACCGUCAGAGCCGAGUGUCUGAUCAAGUUUCAGCUCCGGCCCAAACUGGAAUGGCAAAGAGAUGCCAUCCUGUCCUGCGACUCUGAGGAGUUCGUGAAGGAAGCAGCCGAAGUGCCAAACUUCUUAGAGGAAGUUGAGGAAUGCAGGAAGUUCCAGGCGGCUGCGUCCGUCUCCUCGUCUGGUGAGAGGUUUCCGGAGAUUGUGUUUCUGGGCACCGGCUCAUCUCUACCGAUGAAAAUCAGAAACGUCAGUGGAACUUUAGUUAACAUCAGCUCGUCUCAGUCGCUGAUGCUGGAUUGCGGCGAGGGAACGUUCGGUCAGUUGUGCCGUCAUUACGGCGAAGACGUGGACGAGAUGCUCUCCAGACUCUCCACCGUCUUCGUGUCGCACCUUCACGCAGAUCAUCACACGGGUUUGAUUCAUUUGUUACUGGAGCGAGAGCGAGCUCUGAAAAGUCUCGGUAAAGCGUUCAGUCCCGUGUUCCUGAUCGCUCCCGUCCAGAUCAUGUCGUGGCUGAACCAGUAUCACCGUCACUGCCAGCAGAUCCUCAGACAGAUCAAGUUUAUCCCAUCAAAGUCUUUGUGUGAAGGCGCUGAGGUCCCCAGAGUCGACAACAUUCAGGCUGUUCUGAAGAAGAACGACCUGCUCAAGUUUCAGACGUGUUUUGUCCGUCACUGUAAGAACGCGUUCGCCUGCAGUUUGACGCAUCAGUCUGGCUGGCAGCUCGUGUUUUCUGGAGACACCAUGCCCUGCGAUGCCGUCGUUAAUAUGGGCAAGAAUGCAACACUUUUGAUUCAUGAAGCCACUCUGGAGGACGGGAUGGAAGAAGAAGCGCUCGACAAGAGACACAGCACCACGUCUCAGGCUAUCGGCAUCGGGAUGAAGAUGAACGCUGAGUUCAUCGUGUUGAAUCACUUCAGUCAGAGGUACGCCAAGAUCCCUCUCUUCAGCGAAGACUUCAACAGCAAAGUGGGGAUCUCCUUCGACCACAUGAGGAUCCGAUUUGGAGAUUUCCAGAUGCUUCCACGGCUCAUUCGGCCUCUGAAGGCAUUGUUUGCAGAGGAGAUUGAAGAGAUGGAGGAGAGGAGAGAAAAGAGAGAGAUGAAGAGAGAGUCCGGAACAAGCCGACAACCUGAUGAGAUGAGCAAAGGUGCCAAGAGAGAGCAAGAUGACCUCAACCAGAAACCGGCAAUCAAACGACUUAAGACCCAUUGAUGGACAUCCAAUCAGGGUGAAGGUUAGAUCAGCCCAACCAGUCAGGCAGGCUUGGGAAAAACUAAACCAAUGGGUUAUGAUCUUAAAAUGUACAUCGUAAGUGCCAUGUUGGGUGGAAGUCUGCAGGGUCCAAUUGGAGAAGGUGAGAUUAAAGCAGCUGAAGAUUUUGAGUUUUAAGCCAAAACUAAAAUGCAGCUUAUUGGUUCGUGGCCGGGAUCAGAUCUGGAGUCAGUCCCGCUGCGAUCGAUUUUGACUAAAGUGAUAGUGGGAAAGAACACUACCUUAAACCUUUGAAUGUUUGUCACUUUAAUUUCAGCCCUCCAGACUGUUUAAACCCGAAACAGAAACAUUUUGGCGCUAAAGGAAGACGUUAGGUUUGGCAUUUUAUUUCGGGAAUGAAGCAGAGUUUCAGUUUAGUUUGAUUCGGGUAGGUUUUUUGUUUUUUUGCAAGUAAACUGAUUGCAGUGGUGUGUGAAAAAAGCACUUGUACAUUUCUGUAUGAACUAUUUUAUGUCUAUGAAAUGGCUGAUCAGCUUAGGCUUUUCUAAUUAUUUUAGGGAAAUAAACAAAAACUGGCAAACUG